CGCUGACGUAGCUAACUAGCUAUGCUGUCAGUUGGAUACUGGAGUGCUGCGGGAAUGAUGACUGCUUUCUGUGACGUACUAUACUGCAUUCCCACUCAUGCGAAGCUGCACCACUACCACAGACACUUUUGGACCGACACGGACCGAACAUGUUCCGGGCUCUGGAUGCUGCGCUCACGGUGCUCCUGACCGCUUCGCUGUCGUGGCGGAGCACCGUGGGAGGCUACGGUGGUGGUGGUGGAGGUGGCAUGGCUCUUUUCGCUGCUCAGACCUCACCUCCGGACCCCUGCUAUGACGAGCACGGUAACCCUCGCCGAUGCAUCCCGGACUUUGUCAACUCGGCCUUCGGCAAGGAGGUGAAGGUGUCCAGUACCUGCGGGAGGACGCCCGGCCGCUACUGUGUGCUCAGCUCCGCGGAAAAGGUAGACGAGAGGACCCGGAACUGUCACACCUGCGACGCGUCUGACCCCAAGAGGUAUCAUCCUCCGGCUUACCUCACCGACCUCAACAACCCCCACAAUCUAACCUGCUGGCAGUCGGAGAACUUCAUCCAGUACCCGCAGAACGUCACACUUACCCUCUCCCUGGGCAAGAAGUUCGAAGUCACUUACGUGAGCCUGCAGUUCUGCUCGCCUCGACCCGAAUCCAUGGUGAUCUACAAGUCCAUGGACUACGGCAAGACGUGGGUGCCCUUCCAAUUCUAUUCGACCCAGUGCAGGAAGAUGUACAACAAGCCCAACCGGGCCGUCAUCACCAAGCAGAAUGAACAGGAGGCCAUCUGCACGGACUCCCACACGGACAUGUUCCCGCUGAGCGGCGGCCUCAUCGCCUUCAGCACGCUGGACGGAAGACCCUCCGCCCACGACUUCGACAACUCUCCGGUGCUACAGGACUGGGUGACGGCCACUGACAUCCGGGUGACCUUCAGCCGACUGCACACGUUCGGCGAUGAGAACGAAGACGACUCGGAGCUGGCCCGGGACUCGUACUUCUACGCCGUGUCCGACCUGCAGGUGGGCGGCCGGUGCAAGUGCAAUGGACAUGCGUCCCGCUGCGUCAAGGACCGAGACGGAGAGCUGGUGUGCGAGUGCAAGCACAACACGGCCGGGCCGGAGUGUGACAGGUGCAAGCCUUUUCACUACGACCGGCCGUGGCAGAGAGCCACAGCCCGGGAGGCCAACGAGUGUGUCGCCUGCAACUGUAACCUGCACGCCCGCCGCUGUCGCUUCAACAUGGAGCUGUACAAGCUGUCGGGGAGGAAGAGCGGAGGAGUCUGCCUCAACUGCCGCCACAACACGGCCGGUCGCCAUUGCCACUACUGCAAAGAAGGCUAUUACCGAGACCUGUCUAAACCCAUCUCACACAGGAAAGCCUGCAAAGCAUGCGAUUGCCAUCCCGUGGGUGCCGCUGGCAAAACCUGUAACCAAACCACAGGACAAUGUCCCUGUAAAGACGGUGUGACUGGUAUCACGUGCAACCGCUGCGCUAAAGGCUACCAGCAGAGCCGCUCGCCCAUUGCCCCCUGCAUAAAGAUUCCAGUUACACCUCCUACGCCACCAGCUAGCAGUACAGAAGAGCCCUCAGACUGUGACUCUUACUGCAAAGCAUCAAAAGGCAAACUGAAAAUCAACAUGAAAAAGUAUUGCAAAAAGGAUUACGCUGUCCAGGUGCACUUCCUGAAGGCGGACAGGGCCGGUGAGUGGUGGAAGUUCACCGUCAACAUCAUCUCCGUUUACAAGCAAGGCGAGAGCCGCAUCCGCCGCGGGGACCAGUUCCUGUGGGUCCGCGCCAAAGACGUGGCCUGCAAGUGUCCCAAGAUCAAGCCCGGCAAGAAAUACCUUCUGCUGGGUAACGACGAGGACUCCCCCGGUCAGGGUGGCGUGGUGGCGGACAAAGGCAGCUUGGUUAUCCAGUGGAGGGACACGUGGGCACGCAGGCUCAGGAAGUUCCAACAGCGCGAGAAGAAAGGCAAGUGCAAGAAGCCAUAGAUGGAAAAAGACGCAGUGGGGGGAGGGAUUCCAGUGGAAAGCUGAGCGGAGCAUUUCAAAAGAAUGAAACAGAGACAGACAGAAGACUACACACAGAAGGGACUGUUAACGUCGCUGCUUGUUUUUUGGGGUUUUUUGAGUAGCAUGAAGAGAAUUAUUUAGGAAUUCUUCUCUAGUGAACUUUUGUUGAAGGAGCUCACCUUGCAGGUUUGGGUCCACCUUUUCUUUUACUUUGACAUCCGUCUCGCUUGUGGAUUUGCCGAAUUUGCACCAGUAUAUGUAAGGUUACAUGUUUGUUUUACGCUAAGUUUAAAACCAUUAUUAUAGUUUAUGUUUUCAUUUUAUUUGUUGGUGCAAAAAUGAAAGCUAAAGCCACUCAAUUACCACUAAAGUUUUUGAUAUGUUUUGGAUUCUUGACCAACAACCUAGCUUGUUUUAUAUGAUCACACUUUCGGAAGCAGUAUUUUUCAGAAUUUAAAAAUAUUACGAUGUGGUGAAACAAAUCAAAGCAAAGAGGACUUCAGAUGAACAUUUGUGUUCCCAACACUAAAAACACUACCUGAGGGGUUAAAAUUAUUAACCCACUGAUACUGAACAAUACUGCACGUGUUCUUUAUAAGAGCUUAGUAGGCUGUUUCGAAAAUGGAUGACUUGGCUAUAAAGAUGCUUCUCCAGUAUUACAUCCCAUAGAUAAUACAGAAUGUGUGAUUUGCUUUACACCAGCAAAUAAUAAACUCUAUCAGAAAUGUACUGCAUGUACACGUAAGACAAAAGAAAAUCACUAGCCUGUAUUUCCAAUUGACUGAAGAACUUUGUAGGUAGGAGUUGAAGAAAUUAGAUCACAAUUUGCAUUAAGAAUAAAAUAAGAAAUCUACAUCAUGUCACUGAGGUUACUACAUAAUUACGCAAGAAGAAUUUAACAGGAUUUUCUACAUUAAGCAAUGCGGUUUAAUUACUAGAAAAUUAAAAACAUAUACUUGGAUUAGUAGAAAAAAUGUUUUUUUAAUGAAAUAAUGUUAAAAUAAUAUGUACUGUUUGCAUUCAAAUCAUGCCAAAAUACACUCAACAAAAAUAUAACAUUUUUCAUGGGCUGAACUCAAAGAUCUAAAACUUCACUCUACUUUGUGCUUUGAAUUUUGCGGCCUCACUCCAUCAUCCAUCCAUCCUUUUUUAUCCGGGGCACGGAGGCAGCAGUCUCAGUAGGGAAGCCCAGACUUCCCGGUCCCCGGCCACCUCUUCCAGUUCCACUAGGAGGACACCAAGGUGUUCCCGGAGCAGCUGUGAGACAUAAUCCCUCCAGCGUGUCGUAGGUCUGCCCUGGGGCCUUCUCCUGGCUGGGCAUGCGCCUCACCAGGGAGGCAUCUGGGAGGCAUCCGAACUAGACGCCGGAGCCACCUCAACUGGCUCCCCUCGAUGUGAAGGAGCAGAGGCUCUACUCUGAGCCCCUCCCGGAUGACUGAGCUCCUCACCCUGUCUCUUAGGGUGAGUCCAGCCACUCUACAGAGAAAACUCAUUUCAGCUGCUUGUAUCCGCGAUCUCGUUUAUUUGGUCACAACCCAAGCUUAUGACCAUAGGUGAGGGUGGGAACAUAGGUCGACUAGUAAAUUGAGAGCUUUGCCUUCCGGCUCAGCUCUCUCUUCACCAUGACGAUCCGGUACAGCGAGCGCAUUACUGCAGACGCUGCACCGAUCCGCCUGUUGACCUCACACUCCAACCUUCCCUCACUUGUGAACAAGACCCCGAGAUAUUUGAACUCCUCCACCUGGGGCAGGCCCUCGUUCCCAACCCAUAUUGUGUAAUCCACCCUUUUUCGACUAACAACCAUGGCCUCGGAUUUGGAGGGGCUGAGUCCCACACCAGAACCUUUAGCUUAAACACUGAAGGUCACAGCCCAAUGAGGCCAUCAGGAUCACAUCGCUUGCAAAUAGCAGAGACAAGAAUUUAGAAUUUUAGAAUUUCUGUCCAUGAAAAUUAUAAACACAAUCGGUGACAAAGGGCAGCCUUGAUGGAGGCCAACGUUCACCAGAAACAGGCUCGACUUACUGCUGGCAAUGUAAACCAGGUUCCUGCUCUGGUUGUACAAGUACCGAGUGGCACGUAGUAGCGCCCCACCAAUCCCGUUCUCCUAGAGCACCCCCACAGGACACCGCGAAGGACACGGUCGAAUGUCUUUCCAAUUCCACAAAGCACAUGAAGACCGGUUGGGCAAACUCCCAAGUACCCUCCAGUACCCUUGCAAGGGUGUAGAGCUGGUCCAGUGUUCCGCGACCGGGACGAACACCACAUUGCACCUCCUGUAUCUGAGGUUCGACUAACAGUUGUAACCUUCUCUCCAGCACCCUGGAAUAGACUUUCCCAGGGAGGCUGAGGAGUGUGAUCCCCCUAUAGUUGGAACACACCCUCCGGUCACCCUUCUUGAAAAUGGUGACCAUAACUCCGAUCUGCCAAUCCAUCGGCACUGUCCCUAGCUUCCAUGCAAUGUUAAAAUACAUGUCAGUCAUAACAGUUCCUCGACAUCCAGAGCCUUGAGGAAUUCAGGUAAAAACUCGUCCAUCCCCAGAGCUUUGCCUCUGGGGAGCGUUUUGACUACCCCGGAUACCUCAGCCAUGGUAAUGGGACUGUCCGUGUUUGUGUCCUCUACAAAGGUACAGUAUGUUAGUGGGAUUGAUUCAGUGGGCGGGCGAGAGGCGGGGUACACCCUGGACUGGUCGCCAGCCAAUCGCAGGGCACAUAUAGACGAACAACCACUCACACUCACAUUCGAUUUUGAGUCACCAAUUAACCUAACAUGCAUGUUUUUGGAAUGUGGGAGGAAGCCAUGGUACCCGGAGGACAACCAUGCAUGCACAAGGAGAACAUGCAAACUCUACACAGAGAUGUCCUGUGGAGAUUCGAACCCAGAUCUUACAGAUCCCCUGACUGUGUGGCCAACAUGCUAACCACUGGGCCACUGUGCGGCAGGCACCCAGGCACAAUAAUCCCUAAUAAAAACCACUCAACUCUGAACCCACGACGUCACUUCCUGUCCACCCUCCACUCAUUUAUAGCAACACACACAGGCAUAUUUGUAUAUGCUUAUUUGUGUCUUUAAAUAAGAUAUCAAAUUAAAUAAUGGUUUAUUUACUCUUACAUUAUGUGUACUAAAUUGGGUAAUACGAGUGUAAAAGUGACUAUAGGGGUGCUAUCUCAUGUCUAGCGGGCUCUAACAAUGUUAAACCCCGUAUUUACAAGGUCGGAAACUGGUUUUCUUUGCUUUAACUACAAAAACAUUCAACUUAUAACUAAGGAAUCCUGCUUUGUAAAAAUUCACUUAUCAUGGUCGGAUCUGGAACCAAUUAACCGCGAUAAACGAGGGAUUACUGUAUACAAAAGGCCUAUUUCUCUCAAAUAUUGUUGACGAAUCUGUCUAAAUCUGUGUUAGUGAGAAUUCAUAAUUCAUCCACUUCACAGGUGUGACAUACAGUAUCAAGAUGCUAGCACAGGUGUGCCUUAGGCUGUCCACAAUAAAAGACCACUCCAAAAUGUGUAGUUUAACUUGAGCUAGGCCUUUUGAAACAGUUUUAGAUCUUUGAGUUCAGCUCAUUAAAAAUGGACGCAAAAACAAAAGCGCUGCGUUUAUAUUAUUGUUGAGUACAGAUAGUUUUCAUGACAAACGUGUUUUCAUUGCAGCCAUAUUUGCGGAGUGUGCCACAGGUGGAAUGGGCAGCUCGUACCAAUAUGAAAGUAAAACAAGCUCAGCAUUUUGUAGUUGCUAUAAAAUCACACCAUGGCUUUACAAGUGUGUCUCAAUCAGCCAGUCAUAUUCAUUCCCGUGCAGAACUGCGUGGCUCCUUGACUCCAAGCUCAUUGUACAUGUAUUUGUGUGCAUUUUAUGUUGGAAUCAGCAAUUACAAAAGCCUUGUUAUGUAUUAUUGGUCAUAAAUAAGUCACAUUCUGUUUUUUAUUAAACAGUGAUGUGGAAAAAGUGUUCUCAGAAGCCCAGCAAUUUCAUAAAUUGUUCAAAAUUUUGGAGACAUUUCGCAAUGGACUGAAAUUCCUCCCAUCUUAUGUCAAAUUAUAAAUCCUGCAGAUUCAAUAAUGGAUUCAGCUAUGUUGUACAUUUAGGGUUUGAUUCCGUUGCAGUGAUGAAGUCAUUACUCCGCUAUUUACUGACUGCUGCUUCAGCAGAAACAAUAAACUGGGAACAUACAUUGUAAAUGUACGUUUCUUUCACAUAUCAGUGUUUUUGUGUUUGGCACAAUGUAACUUAAUAAUAUCAUACUUCUGUGUGGCCUCGUGCUGUAAAUUUAAGAACCAUGUCCUGAGCAAAGGUUUGGAGAGCUUCCUCUCAAACGUGUUGCUUUGUGUUCAUACUAUGAAUUGUAAAUGUUGUUUAGUUGUCACUUUUGCAAAGCCUUUUUGCAAUAUUGUUUUACAAUGUGUACUAAUAUAUUACCGUUAUUAUAUAUAUAUAUAUGAAUAUAUUUAAUGACACAAAACAUUGUGGAUUUCUUUCUCAGCUCUUUUUUUCUUAAUUGCUUGUCAUUGUUUAGCGUGUUGCCAUUAAUUAAAGAAGGAAACUAUAACUACUGAACAUACCAACUUGGUAGAGCUAAAGGCAGAUUUUCAAAUAAACUCUUGUUACACUGAAAAAUUGUUGUUUAAUU